AUGGAUGCCAAUAUCCAGCGAGCGCUGAAUGACAAGCUAUACGAUAAGCGUAAAGUUGGGGCACUCGAACUUGAGAAGAUAAUACGAGAUCUUGUUGCUUCUGGCCAGUUCCAACGCGUGGAAGAAAUACUCGAGCAGUUAUGUAAUGACUAUGCUUAUGCUGUUCACCAACCACAUGCUCGGAAUGGGGGCUUGAUCGGUCUCGCCGCGGCGGCGAUUGCGCUCGGCACGGAGUUACCUCGCUAUCUUGUAAACAUCGUCCCUCCUGUGCUUGCAUGCUUCACCGAUCAGGAUGCGAGAGUUCGGUACUAUGCCUGCGAGGCAAUGUACAAUAUUGCCAAGGUGGCCAAGGGGGAGAUCCUGGCUUAUUUCAAUAGCAUCUUCGAUCAGCUAUGCAAGCUUGGGGCAGAUUCCGAACUGUCAGUCAAGAACGGAGCUGAACUGUUGGAUCGGCUCAUCAAAGACAUCGUCGCAGAGUCGGCCGCAUCCUACGUUUCAGUAUUAGAAACCUCUUCGCUCGAGGAUAGUGCCACCACCGGUGAACAGCAGCAAAACUUGCCCACGGCCUUCUCAUUACAGCGCUUCAUUCCACUGCUUAAGGAACGCAUUCAUGUUAUCAACCCGUUCACUCGACAAUUUCUCGUUGGUUGGAUCACCCUUCUGGACUCAAUCCCAGACCUGGAAUUGGUGACUUACCUCCCGGAGUUCCUUGGCGGCCUUCUCAAGUUCCUCAGUGAUCAAAACGUCGACGUUCGAGUGGCCACGCAAAACUGCCUCGACAAAUUUCUCAACGAAAUCAAGCGAAUCUCCCAAGUGAAAAGAGGGCUGGUCGAGAAUAGAAAGUUCAAAGAAGGCGGCAAACGGAAGCGCCAAGAAUCCAUAGACAGUAUUGGCGGUCGCCCUAACUUGGAAGAAGGAGACGAGCUCGAUUCUGAGGCUUUGAACGACGAUGACGAAGACAGCCUGGAGGAUGACUGGAUCCCCGGCCAGGACGUGGAGAUCAACUACAAAGAAAUCCUAGAUAUUCUAACCGCCACUCUCGAUUCCCCAUUAGAGGAGGACUGUCUCCUCGAAUCACUCAGGUGGAUCGUGGAAUUCCUCGACAUCUGCCCCGAAGAAGUGCUGCCUUUUACGCCCAAGAUCCUGGCGCAUAUGCUCCCUGCAAUGGCUAGCACCAAGGAGACGAUCCGCCUUGCAGCGACACGAGUCAACACCUGCCUGAUGGACUACGUCGUCUCUCUAUCAGACGAGUCCGAUGUCAAUGCAGGCCAGGGAUCACGCCUCCCGUGGGGACAAGAAAAGCAAGAGAACAGUAGCCUCGGUCGGACAUCGAUGUCCAACUCAAGGGACACCGAAAUCCGUAGCGCAACGCCGGGCAGUGGUCGAAUGUCUUCCGCUGCCAAUGCUACACCCGAUGCGACCCAGGUCCAAGCCAAUCUCGACUAUACCGCUGCUGUGAACUCCCUUACUCUACUCUUCCUAAACGACCACGAAGCUACCCGUGUAGCUGCCCUAACCUGGCUCAUCAUGCUACAUAGAAAAGCGCCGCGCAAGGUACUGGCUUUCAACGACGGCACGUUUCCGGCGCUUCUCAAGACGCUCUCCGACCCUUCUGAUGCUGUUGUGACGAGAGAUUUACAGCUCCUGUCCCAAAUAUCUCGCAACAGCGAGGAUGAUUACUUUGCCAGUUUCAUGGUAAACUUGCUGCAGCUGUUCUCUACGGAUCGUAAGUUGCUGGAGACCAGAGGCAACUUGAUCAUACGGCAGCUUUGUAUCAGUCUCAGUCCAGAACGCAUAUAUCGGACGCUAGCCGAAUGCAUUGAAAAAGAGGAGGAUGUCGAGUUCGCCAGCAUCAUGGUGCAGAACCUGAAUAACAAUCUGAUUACGGCACCCCAGUUAGCGGAAGUGCGCAAGCGGUUGAGAAAUCUGGAAACAAAGGAUGGCCAGACUCUGUUUGUGGCUCUCUUCAGGUCGUGGUGCUACAACGCGGUUGCGACAUUUUCUCUGUGCUUGCUCUCUCAAGCUUACGAACAGGCAUAUCAUCUAUUGCAGAUAUUUGGCGAACUGGACAUGACAGUAAACAUGCUGAUUCAGGUCGACAAGCUGGUUCAGCUUAUUGAAUCACCCGUUUUCACAUACUUGCGCCUACAACUACUGGAACCCGAAAAGUAUCCCUACUUGUACAAGUGCAUGUAUGGGAUCCUCAUGCUUUUGCCCCAGUCCUCGGCAUUUGCUGCGUUGAAGAAUCGGCUCAACAGCGUCAGCUCGAUUGGGUUCUUGCAAGUGGUGCCGCGAAGCAUGGCAGCAGCGCCAGCCUCGUCGAAUUAUGACCGACCAAACCGACUGAAGGGGCGGGAUGAUGGGGCAAUACGAUGGGUUGAGCUCCUGGAGAAGUUCCGCAGUGUCCAGGAAAGAGCAAGGAGAAGCCAACGACACAGCAUGGAAAUUGAGGACACGCUGUCGGCUGGAGUCGGCGACUUUCGGAUGGGAGGGGACGCAGAACCGGAGAGCAAGCCUAGAGACGGCAUCCGAGGCGGCCCUGUUGGUCCAGCUGUGCCAUUGAAAGACCAGGCACCAGUCGUAGCUACGCCACCGGUUAAGAAGUCGUCCGGGCUGGGGAGGCAGUUUGGACGAUUGGGGGGCGCCGUUUCGGGGAAGAGCCGCCGAAAUCAGUAG